CAGCAUACGACAUCACAUCUGCUUGAGACUGCAUGUGGAAAAUAUACCUGCAGCCUUCAGACGUCUCCAGAGAACUGCAACUAGCAAGCAAUACUCUUCACUUUCUAACUGCUGUGGAUUACAGAACUGCUUCUGUGUCUCAGCCAUGUGGAGACAAUGGAGAAACUUCUUCUACUUGGCCAUCAUCUUUCAUCUGUCUGGAUCUUCAGCUGCUGCAGAUGCUCAGAUAAGAUUAAUUGAUCCUGAUAAUUCUGGGGCAACUCUUUGCUCUGGAAGAGUGGAAAUCUAUCACAACAACAGAUGGGGAACAGUCUGUGGUGGUGGCUGGGACCUAAAUGAUGCUGAGGUGGUCUGCAGACAGUUAGACUGUGGACCAGCACUGAAUGCCACUCGAUCAGCUCACUUUGGUGGAGGAACAGGACAAAUCUGGCUUGAUGAUGUGUCCUGUUCAGGAAGUGAAAGUUCCCUAACUGAUUGUCAGCACAGAGGAUUUGUGAUACCCUACUGUGGACAUUAUCAGGAUGCUGGUGUCAUCUGUUCAGAAAUCAGAUUAACUGGGCCUCAGUCAACUCGCUGCUCUGGACGAGUUGAAAUCUAUCACAACAACAGAUGGGGAACAGUCUGUGAUGAUGGCUGGGACCUAAAUGAUGCCGAGGUGGUCUGCAGAGAGUUAGAGUGUGGAUCAGCAUUGGAGGCCACUCAAUCAGCUCAUUUUGGUGAAGGAACAGGACAAAUCUGGCUGGAUGAUGUGACCUGUUCAGGAAGUGAAAGUUCUCUAACUCAGUGUCAGCACAGAGGAUUUGGGACUCAUGACUGUACACACCAAAAGGACGCUGGUGCCAUCUGUUCAGGUGUGCCCAUCAGAUUAGCUGGUUCUGGGUCCACUCAGUGCUCUGGACGAGUUGAAAUCUACCGUCAAAAAACAUGGGGAACAGUCUGUGGUCGUGGCUGGGACCUAAAUGAUGCUGAGGUGGUCUGCAGGCAGUUAGACUGUGGAUCGGCACUGAAAGCCACUCAGUCAGCUCACUUUGGUGAAGGAACAGGAGACAUCUGGCUGAAUGAAGUGUCCUGUUCAGGAAGUGAAAGUUCUCUAGCUGAUUGUCAGCACAGAGGAUUUGGGACACACUCCUGUGGACAUGGUGAGGAUGCUGGUGUCAUCUGUUCAGGAAUCAGAUUAGCUGGACAUCAGUCUACUCAGUGCUCUGGAAGAGUUGAAAUCUAUCACAAUAAAAUAUGGGGAACAGUCUGUGACCAUGGAUGGAGCACAGAAGAUGCUGAGGUGGUCUGCAGACAUUUAGGCUGUGGACCAGCACUGAAUGCCACUCAGUCAGCUCACUUUGGUGAAGGAACAGGACAAAUCUGGCUUGAUGAAGUGUCCUGUUCAGGAAGUGAAAGUUCUCUAACUGAGUGUCAGCACAGAGGAUUUGGGACACACUCCUGUGGACUUGGUGAGGAUGCUGGUGUCAUCUGUUCAGGAAUCAGAUUAUCUGGGCAUCAGUCAGGUCGUUGCUCUGGAAGAGUUGAAAUCUACAAUAAAAAAAGAUGGGGAACAGUCUGUGAUGACGGCUGGGACUUGAAUGAUGCUGAGGUGGUCUGCAGGCACUUAGACUGUGGCACAGCACUAGCACCUCCUAAAGAGGCUCAUUUUGGUGAAGGAAGUGGACCAAUCUGGCUUGAUGGUGUGGCCUGUUCAGGAAGUGAAAGGUCUAUAAUCCAGUGUCAGCACAGAGGGUCUGAGAAAAAUGGCUGCACACACCAUAAAGAUGCUGGUGUCAUCUGUUCAGGUGCACGCAUCAGAUUAACUGGGUCCACUCGUUGCUCUGGAAGAGUUGAAAUCUUUUACAACAACACUUGGGGAACAGUCUGUGAUGAUGGCUGGGACAUAAAUGAUGCUGAGGUGGUCUGCAGAGAGUUAAACUGUGGAACAGCACUGAAAGCCACUAAGUCCGCUCACUUUGGUGAAGGAAGAGGAUCGAUCUGGCUUGAUGAUGUGUCCUGUUCAGGAAGUGAGAGAUCUCUGACUGAGUGUCAGCACAGAGGAUUUGGGAAACAUGACUGUACACACAGCAAGGAUGCUGGUGUUGUCUGUUCAGGUGUGCCAGUCAGAUUAUCUGGAAGCACUUUGUGCUCUGGAAGAGUCGAAAUCUUUUACAACAACAUUUGGGGAACAGUCUGUGAUGAUAACUGGGACAUAAAUGAUGCUGAGGUGGUUUGUAGAGAGCUCGGCUGUGGAAUGGCACAGAGUGCUGCUGUAUCAGCCCGCUUUGGUGAGGGAAGUGGAUCCAUCUGGCUUGAUGAUGUGUCCUGUUCAGGAAGUGAGAGAUCUCUGACUGAGUGUCAGCACAGAGGAUUUGGGACACAUGACUGUACACACAGUAAAGAUGCUGGUGUUGUCUGCUCAGUGAUCCUUCCAAAGCCCAGAAUCUUCAUGAUUUCUGCUGGUAAAGUUGAGCGGAGAAGCGAUGUCAGCAUCACUUGUUCAAUAUCACCUCAAAGCCAACAGCUUCUACAAGGAGAAUUUACUCUGAAGCAGAUUUCAGGCUCAUUCAGUCAGACAAAACCAUCAACUACCAACUCUGCUACAUUCAAGAUCCUCAAAGUAGAUUUUGACAAGGAUGGAUUGUACCAGUGUGAAUAUUCACACGACUCCAGCAUCUCCACAAGUGACUCUGUCACCGUCUCUGUUACUGUGUUGCUGCAGCAGCCCAGGAUCUCUGUGACAUCUCCAGAUGGAAGACUUGCUAAGGUUAUAGAAAUCAUGAAGGGCUACAGCUUCAUCUUCACCUGCUCAAACAAUGAUCGCUAUUCAGGAGGAGUUUUCAAUCUCAUCUACUCUGGCUCCAACAUGAAACACAAUAAGACAUCUGUCAACAGCUCAGCCUCCUUUAGUUUCCCUGUAGCUGACUUUGGACACGAGGGCCGCUACAGCUGUGUGUAUGAGAUAACUCUGACAGAAGGAACAUUCACUUCUCCUGAGGCGGAGUGGAUUUAUGUCUCCGUUAUAUAUUCAAGAAUUCCAAUCCUGAGAUAUGUUCUCCUGCCUCUGGUUCUGCUUUUGGAGAACAUUGCCCUUCAUUUCUACUAUAAGGUCAUCAAAAAGCAGAAAUCAGACAAAAAGGAGAACGAUGAGACGGAUGUUUCCAGAGCUGAAGAAGUGGAGGCUGAGGAGGAAGCGGUCCAAGAAAUAGAAUAGAAUUGAAACACAUAGAAACACACACAAGUUUAAAAUCCACUAUCUGAUUUUAUCUAUAUCUAUCUCUUUCUAUAUAUGUAUAUAGAUAUAUAUUAGUCCAUAUAUACUCCAGUCCUCUCUCUUUUUUUUCAUCUUUCUCUGAUUCUAAAAGUGAAGUUUUUACAGAUUAAGUAUUUUUUCCCUCAAUAACCUCUAUCUUUAGCUAGACAGAAUAUGUGUCAGUUUGUGAUGUCUUUGUACUCUUGAGUGUUUGAAAUUAUUUUCCAUUUAAAAAAACAAGUUCCCUUAUUUAUAGCCUCCUAUCCUGUGGCACUCACAGCAGGAAUGUAUGACAGUGAUGAGAAGGAGAAGUAUGCAGCCGGGGCCAGAGGGGGUUAAAUGAAUGACAUCAUCCAACAGCUUUUUAGCUGGCAGUGUGGUUUGCAAUUUGCAGGGAAGACAUGACAGGAGUCAGAAAGAUGAGCAGAUGAACAGUGUCUGAAAGUCAUGUCAUUAAGAAAUAGCGAAUAUAAGGAAAACAGGGGUGACUCAAGACUCACAUCCAUGCCGCUUAUAACUUAAAAUAUGACGUUUAUGACGUUUGACUUUGAUUUGAUGAUUUCUUGAACUAAGCUAAACUGUCAGCCUUUUAUUGCAACAGAAAAGUGGAGUCCACAAGUUUACAAAGACCAAAAAUAUCUCUAACAUUAAUGUCAGUUCCUUCACAUGCUUGAUGUCUAAAUGUAUGAAAAUUUCAAACCACCUCUCACCAUCAGUAACAUGUCCCAAACAAAAACACUCACUGUUUUUGUUUGGGCAUUUACUUUGUUGGGAUCUGGUCACAUUAGGCUGGUUUGUGUCAGUAGGACCGACUAGACCCCCGCAGAUUUAAUCAGGCCUGCAUUUGACUCCGUCCUUGUGGCUAACAAGUUUUUGUGGGACAUAUGUAGUGUUUUCAUUCACCCAUCUGUGAAGAUACGAAGUCAAGGAAAAUAUACUGAUUUCUGAGAGCAUGUCAGACACCACUGAUCCAACAUGUGGCUGUAAUGUGGUGAGUAAUUCUGACACAGCAUAGGAUCAGUGAAAUUUUUCACAUCAUGUUACCACCCAACAACAUCUUUUGUUGAACUUGCUGUACUCUACUGUUGAGCUCUCUGACCACUAUAAGUCUGUGAAGGUUCUUUAAGUUGCUUGAAGACAUUUCACCUCUCAUCCGAGAAGCUUCUUCUGUUCUAGGGUCAAAUGGUGGAGAGUCCCAGAUUUAUAUAGUUGGUAAAGCCAACCCUGCUACGCCCCCUGCUGUCCAAGAUCAACACAGCUAGUAGGACUGCUGUCACAGGAAAUCUUAAUUAGUGACUUUAUUUCCUGUUAGUACAUUAAAUAUUUCUGCUUUUAUUUCUGUGUUAAAUAAAGUUUGUUCAGCUGCAGUAAUGCUCUUGAUCAGAAAGUUGCAGUAUUUUUAAAAAGUAAAAGGCUAGAGCUUUGCUUCGACUUUAGUUUAUACUACUGUCAAGUUUUUUGCAUCACUGUUUUUCUGUCACAUUUUAUAAUUUGUUGAAAUAAAUAUGUGAUUGUAUUAAAUGU